CUUGGAUUUUUGGAAGCAAGUUCUGAACAGAGAGAGGGAGUUAAGAUCACUUCACCCUGUCCCCCCCGUGGCUCAGGGGGGGCAGUCAGAGGGGCUGUGAGUCUGCGGGCUGAUCAGAGAGGCUCUUUGCAGGACCCUUCUCCUGCCUGCCUUGCAGAAAAGCUUCAAGCUUGCCUUCCUGCAGCUGCGCUCAGGAAUGUACCUGGAAGCAGCCGGUCACAGAUUUCAGCUUGUCGUUCCUCCUGUUUUUAUGUCUUUCCUGCCUCAGCUUUUUCUCCAGUGACAGCUCCUUGACGAUGAAUACCUACUGGGCUGCUCCAGUAAUCUCGGAAUGAUGAGAUGUUUCCUGUGCACUUAAACCCUCAGCAUUCACGGGAGCUGACACACCUGGCUUAGCUGAAAGGCCAGUUCUCCAUGUAGGAAGGUCACUCCCCACGAAUCAUGCUGCUUGAGACGUGACUACAGGACAGAUGAGGCCAAGGCACAGGGCAGAAAGAGGCCAUGAAGCAGAAAAGCCACCUCCUGAACCAUGGUAGCUCCAGAAUCUUCCUCCUCAUCCAAAGCAGAUGCUGGAAGGAGCACCAGGAAAAGAAACGUUGAUGCUUUUCAAAGUUCACUGAAUCGGUCACAGCUGUGAGUGUGGGAUCUACAUGCCUGCACUACUUGCUGAUGUAGACAUCCUUCAUGUGACUCACCUGAGCCUACCUGCAGAGCAGAGACCACCCAGGUGGGCUUUGUGAACCUGACUGGAAACUUCAGUCCAUCCAGGAACGUGAACUUCAAAGUGCAAACACAGAUGGGGCAGGCUCCUGGACACCUGAAGAUCAGUUACGUGGAUCUAAGGGUCACCCCAAUGUCGUCAGUGCCAUCAGCAAGAUUAAUAGUGCGAGGGAGAGGAGUGAUCCAGAUGCCUGAGUGCCUCAGCCAGCGCGGAGUAUUUGAAACAUCUGCACGGGGCUUGCAGCUACUGGACCUACGGGAGACCGCGCUCUUCUGGAGCAAGAGCUGGAAUGCAGACCUAUUCCAUAACCCCCUGGCAGAGGACCGAGACUACCGGCUCUAUGUGAUACACUGCCUGCCCUCAGUGCAGCUCCUGGACAGGAAGUUAGUUACACAAAAAGAAAGGGAGUCAGCGCUUCUUCAUUGCAACCACGAAAGGUCUCGUCUCCUGCAUUCAAUUGCUUUUGGAAAAAGAGUAAAGACAUCCCUGGAAACUACAGCAGGACCCAGCAGGUGCACUCAGCCAGCCAGAAGACUGAUAAUGCCCUCAGGUUGUGAAUUUGGAAAUCACACAAAUAGGGUGCCCUUUGAGAACCCCGACGAUGCCGUUUUACUGCGGGCAAUGGCCCGGUCUCUGAUGGCAUUUUCCUCUGUUGAGUGGAACAAAGUCCCCACCUGCCGAGAACGACGGCUUGAGAACGGAGCAGAAGAGCCCCAGGAGAAGCUGACAAUCCAAUUCAGAUGAGAGGUUUCUUCUUUAAGAAGACAAAAUGAUUCCUCUCUCUACUGUGAAGAUAAGCCUCUUAUGUAAGUUAAUACCUCUAUAAAACAAGCACGCUAAAA